AGAGAGCUCUCUACGCGUUUCUGUUUUUGUUUUGAUUUAAGAUCUGUUCCCAUCCCUGCUCCCUUUCGACUCGAGCACACAAACGCAAAAAGGGAAAUUCUACGUCUGGGAGCACUCCCUGCUUUCUAGCCAUGGUCCCCGGAAGCCCCCCCAACACCAGUCUGGGAUCGUUUUUCGCUGAUAUAUUUGUCUGCCGGAUUUGCGCCGGGGCAACACAAAAUGGGCCCCUCUCCGAAACAUCUGAAUCUGUGGGACGACAGUUGCGUAAGGGAGAAAGAGGAAGCGGAGCGCAGCGGACGUCUGCCGGUAUCUGCCGGCAGGGCACUGCAAAAGUCAGACAUUGCGAAAACAGGAACGGGAGAAAUUCCACACCACGCUCGUACGCACCCCGAAACAGGACGACAACGACGAGGACGUUGGUAUGCCAGCGCUUUGUUAUACUGGCAAAGCAUUCGGCACCAUCGGCGACCUGGCGAAAGGAAUUUGAUUGCUUUACUCCGCCGCGAGAAUUCGCACGACGAAUCCUCCUCGGGUCAGGCCCCCCAACGCUAUACAAUUGUCUACCUAGACAAAACAAUCAGAGAUGAUUGGCUUAAGAGAGAAAGAGUGAAGGAUAAAAAAGUAACAUAAAACAAG